AUGAAUUCCUUCAAUGAAUCUCCGAAAUAUUUAGCAAUCAGCUCUGAAAACUACUUGCUGCACGAAGAAGACAUCCACGACAUGGAAAUCAACGAUGAAGAAGUCGAAGAGAUUAACAAUGAAGAGGAGAUUGAUGUAGUCAAUGGAGUUAUUGAAUACUAUCCUCCAGUUUAUGUAGACGAGAGCAGCCGCGACGCAGAUGACGAGCUGUCCUCUGAAAGCGACAUGGAUUAUGACGAGGAGGAUGAAUCAGCAUCAGAUAGUGAAAUGGACGAAGAUGAUGGUGACGAUGAUGAUGAUAAUAAUAAUUUAGAAGAUCAAGAUUCCAUGAGUACAGGAAACAUAUGGUUUGAGGAUGAAGAGACCUGCAGAAAGUUGUUUGAUUCUAUGAGGAAGAGAAAAAGAGGUUUCAACAACAAGAUUUGUGUUUUACGUUAA